AUGGCUGGGGCAAAUGUACCUACCGCGUUCAAGAAAGAUCAGGCAGAUAGACUUUCACGAACUCCUAAGGUUGAAUCGGCAGUAUCAUUUGAAUUCUUCAUCAAUGGUGAUAAUCUUGUCGGUUUGGAUGGUAAUGCCGACGAUCUUACUGAGCCACUUCAUCCUGAUGUGGAAGAGACACUUUUGAGUAUCUCUAUGGUAAAGUCCUGCUUGCUAUCUCAGCUCUAAAUUUGCUAACACUCUAGAAAUUAGUGAUGGUCCACAUUUGGGCAAUACAAGAGAAUGUUGCAGCUAGCUGCGCGUGCCGUCAGGGUGAAUUACCAGAGGAAGAGUGACGAGGAGAAUUUCCGAUACAAAGAGGAAGACUCAGACGACCCAAUGAUGGAUGAAUGUAGGUUGUCUUUUCUAAAUCUGUAGUUUGAUAUGGCCUAACGACUGUUGUAGAUAUGGAGGAUACCCUCGACAGAAGUAACCAAACAAAACCAAGAACAAUCAUGCACGAUCUUGCCGACCCUGCCGAUGAUGAAGGUAUUGAGAAUGUGCUUGGACUUUUCGAAGAACGGGAAGCCAAAGUAGAGAAAAUCAAGCGCUUGAAAAUGCCAGCCUUACAUCAGCUCCGAAAAAAAGAGGGCUUGGUUUUUAUUAAAGGCGAAAAGAAGGUGGACCUUGUGACACGACUACAAGACAAUGAAAACAGAAAGGGAUUGCUGGAUAAGGGCAUGGGAGAAGAAGGUCGAGCCGCCAAGAGAGUCAAGAGUUCCGGCAAAUUUGGUGACGAGGAGAAUCGACCUGCUUAUAAGGAUAUGGGUUUGCAAAACCUUUGCCUCCUUCCUGAAAAGGGGCUUUCUUCAUUGAUUUGCAAUUCACUGAAAAGGGAGGCCUCGCAAUUGCACCUCUGUUACCUGUAG